UGUCCACUCGAGUCGAAAGUCGAAUCGAAAUUCGAAUCGGAACGACGUCGAACGAAACCUUUUGUUGACGCAUGAAUAUUGAAUAAUAUCCGAGGUGGAAUUACUUACUUCCCGUUUGAUUUUAUUUAAGUUUUGUUGUUUGAUUUGUGAUUGUGAAGAUGUCCGGCCAAAACGUAAACGUGUGCGAUAUAGGCGAAGAUGUGAAAGAGGUCCUGAAAAAGUUUCGUUUCCAAAAACACACGACGAAUGCUGCACUGAUUUUAAAGGUGAACAGAGAAAAGCAAGCUCUAGAAGUAGACGAAGAGCUGGAAACUGUGGAGCUGGAAGAGCUGCAGGACAUCUUGCCCUCACACCAGCCCAGGUUUAUUGUGUACAGCUAUAAGAUGGAGCACAGCGACGGGCGCACGUCGUUCCCCAUGUGCUUCAUAUUCUACACACCGCGCGACGCACACAUGGAGCUACAGGUGAUGUACGCGGCGACGCAGCGCGCGCUGGCGGCGGCGGUGGGCGCGCCGCGGCUGCUGGAGGUGCGCGAGAUCGACGAGCUCACCAACGACUGGCUCAACGAGAAGCUGCGGAAGUAGCGCGAGCCGGCGCCUACUGAUCGACCAACUCAACAUGACCUCCGCUGCACCGUCUUUACGAAGUAGGUGUACAAAUGCAUUACAUACAAAUCAGUCGACAUUGGUAGCGCGGUCUGUAAAGCUCUUUUGUACUGCAUCUGAUUGGAAUCCGAAACGAUCUGAGGGCCUAGUGGUAGUUUGAUACUGUGACGAUCACAUUAACGUAAACACGAAUUUCUAAGGAAUUGAAACAGCGCUAUCUAUAUUUAGUGGCACUACUGCACAACUGUUUCAAUUCAUAUAAAUUCGCGUUUAUGAUAACGCGAUAGUAACGGUAUGAAAACAUUGUUAACUCCCAUUAGGUACACAGAACUGAAUUAAUGCUAAUGCUUAAUACAUAUGUUAACGGAAUUUGGAAAAAAAAUUAACAAGGUUCUGUUGUCAAACAUUCCAAAACCACCAUGUAAGCCUUGUAUCAAUAACUGGUAUACGCCGCGCGGUUUCAUCCGCGUGGUUCCCGUUCACGUAGGAAUACGGGGAUAAAAUAUAGCCUUAGUGGAUAAAUGGGCUAUCUAAUGCUGGAAGAAUUUUUCAAAUCGGACCAGUAGUUCUUGAGAUUAGCGCGUUCAAUCAAUCAAACAAACAAACUCUUUCUCUUUAUAAUAUUAGGAUUAAAGAGACAGAUUUAUACUAUGUAAUUGAAAAGCAGCCUAUAUAUUAAUGCUGGGUAUAAUUUACCUCCAUUUACAAUUCCAUUUUAGACUGCAUCAGAUGAGAUACUCAGGACCUAUAGCUUGGCCAAUUCCUGAUGGGCCGGGAGGGGGGUAGCGAUGCCCUGCGCGCACGAUUUCAUACCCGCGCAGUCCAUCCCUCUGAUCCGCGCGCAUGACUUCACACUCGCGCAGUCCUUCCCCCCGUCGCCCGCUUAUCAUGGGCGUGUCGUUAAUGAACUUGCCAAGCUAUAACUAGUUAUUGAAUAAAAAAAAGUAGAAGGUAUGUAGUCUGUACCUCUAGUUGUAGUUACAUCUUAUUGUGUUCACAUGGAGAGACAAAGAAGCAAUAUAAUUUAUUGCCUUAAUAAUUGUAUACUCGUAAGCUUGCCAAGUUGCCAUUAGACUUAAAAAGGGUUCCGGUUUUCUAUGUAUGUACAUUCGGAACCCUAAAAAGAAGAUCAUUCCAAAACUAUUAAUUUUUAAGCAACAUUAUUAUAUAGAAUACAAAUGACAUCUGUAGAUAUUUCGUUGGCGCCAAUUGUGGUGGAAAAUGGGAAAGAAUUUUCCUUUUAAAAGAAUAUUUAAAAAAAAAAGUGUUUUCACUUAUUGGAAAUACAUAAUUUAUCUUAUUGUAAUGUGUGUAGUAUUUUGCUAGUAUUUAUUGUACCGCUAACUGAAGUGAUUAAAAAGACAAUUUAUUAUAGAAAUUUAUUUUAUUAUUAAUUUAUUAUGUAAGAUAAUUAAUUUAAAAUUAAUUUAUUAAGUUAUUCGAUGUUACCAUUUGCUUUUAGUGCUAGAACCUACGAUUUACAAAUAUUAUGUACAUAAUAAAAGUUAUUUAGUAACUGACGACUUCAAUUUGACAACGGAGAGUAAAAGUAUCUGCUAUGUUUUGAAUACCUGACAGUUUUUGACGGCCUCCGCGGCGCAGUGGUAUGCGCGGUGGAUUUACAAAACGGAGGUCCUGGGUUCGAACCCCGGUUGGGCAUAUUGAGGUUUACUUAAUUGGUCCAGGUCUGGCUGUGGCUAGUUACCACCCUACGGGCAAGGCAAAGUGCCGACAAGCGCUUUAGCAUUCCGGUAUGAUGUUGUAUAGAAACCGAAAGGGGUGAGAUUGUAGUUAGGGCUCAAAAUAUUUUCAUUAAAAUGCCUCGACAAACGAAAACUCUUGCUCGGAAAUCAUCAAUACAUUUAAAAAACCUCUUUAACCGAAUUAAAAAAAAAAAAUUUAUAAAUGUUGGUUACGUCAUAACUUCGUCAUUUAUAAACUAAAUUUUGAAAUUUCUUUUUUGUUUGAAACAAGUAUAUUUCCAGAUUGGUCCCAUUUCAUUUUCAUAAAAAUUUGGUUAGUAAUUUUCCAUUAAAAUCAAAAUAACUGAAAUACGUCUUUGAAGUCGGUACCAUUUUUAUAUUAAAAAGAUUAUAUAAAAAAAGAUAACCGAUAAUUUAUAACAAGUAGGUAACUAAUGGUUAACUCUCAACUUUUAUGACAUGGCCAUUCAAGCCUGGUUUGAUUCUUAGAGGCACACCCUUUUGGUUGAGAAAGCCUGGUUUGGUAUAAUCGUGGUUUCUAGCACUAUUAAUAUAAAAGGAGUCCCAAAUAUGGACCUGUUUUUAAAUUUCAGAAUAUUAAUAUUUUAAAUAUGUGUUUAACACCAGCACGUACUGAGGAACAUGACAUUUUAUAGUGAUGUUGAAAUGCAUUUAUGAAUAUUUUGUAUUUGUGGAUAGAUGAUAGAUAUAUAUAAGUGAAACUGCGAUUUGAUAACGUAUUUUAUUUGUAACAAUAUUUUGUGUAUAAAUAAUAAAUUAACAUUUACAAAAUA